CGCCGCGCUUUCCAGGUGUUGGUGUGUUAUUGCAGUGAGCUGGACGGCUUCAGAGCUGCCAGUGCGUCUGCAUGUUCAAUGGCCUGUAUCUUUUAUCUCCGUGGCCAACUGUCUGUCGGAUGUCUGGAAUGCUGUCUCUCUCCCGCCCCGUAAUCUCCGAGGGAACGAAGCGACAACCCGGCCAGACAUUAACCAUUACAAUGAAGACUGACACAGAGAUGAGAAUUUGAACAGUGUGUUGAUAACUCGAGUGGGGGAAAAGGCUAGCAAGCGCGCUAGCUAGCUAGCUAGCCAGCCAGACAACCGGCUUGGAUAUCAGAUUUGUGCGGCCAUGGCUGGGCUCAUCAAGAAGCAGAUCCUGAAGCAUCUCUCUAGGUUUGCUAAGAACCUGUCACCGGACAAGAUCAACCUGAGCACGCUGAAGGGGGAGGGCCAGCUCACCAACCUGGAGCUGGACGAGGAGGUUCUCCAGAGCCUGCUGGACCUGCCCACCUGGCUGGCCAUCAACCGUGUGUGCUGCAACAAGGCCGCCAUCAGGAUACCAUGGACAAAGUUGAAGACACAUCCCAUUUCUUUGACUUUAGAUAAGGUGGAGAUGGAGAUGAGUACCUGUGAUGAGCCCCGCCCCCCCAAUGGCCCGUCUCCUAUAGCAACAGCCUCAGGACAAAGUGAGUAUGGCUUUGCCGAGAAGGUGGUGGAGGGCAUGUCCCUCUCCAUCAACUCCAUUGUGAUCAGGAUCAGUGCCAAGGCCUUCAACGCCUCCUUUGAGCUCUCCCAGCUCCAGGUCUACAGCGUCAACACCAGCUGGAGUAUCAGCGACCUGCGCUUCACUCGCAUCCAGGACCCGCAGAGGGGAGAGAUCCUGACAUUUAAGGAGAUCAGCUGGCAGAUGAUCCGUAUUGAAGCUGACGCCAUCCAGAGCGCCGAACACGAGAUGCUGAGUGCCCCCAUCCGCCUCAUCACCAACCAGUCCAAGAUCAGAGUCACUCUCAAAAGACGGAUGAAGGACUGUAACGUGGUGGCCUCCAAGCUGAUCCUGAUCCUGGACGACCUGUUGUGGGUGCUGACCGACUCCCAGCUGAAAGCCAUGGUGCAAUACGCCAAGUCCCUCAGCGAGGCCAUGGAGAAGUCAGCCCAGCAGAGGAAGAGCAUGGCCACAGAGGACCAGGUGUCGUCGGCGCCACCCUCGACCCAGCAGGUGCGCACCCAGCAGGCGUCAACAGCCGCUGACCAGAGCGCGACCAUGGCCAAGCUGUUCAGUGCCUACGAUGUAUGUGAAACGUCCCACCACCUCCAGAUCACACACCUCGACUUGCACAUCUGUGACGACAUCCACGCCAAGGACAAAGUGAUCAAUAAGAGAAUAACCGGUGGAGCCAUGCAGCUUUCCUUCAGCCUCAUCACUCUGGACUAUUACCCCUUCCACAGAGCAGGAGACAGUUGUGCCCACUGGAUGCACUAUAGUGAGGCCACCAAGACCAGGGAGGGCUGGGCCCGGAACCUGCUGGACGAGUUCAAGUCCAAUGUGGAGAUGCUGAAGAGCGCUGUCCGAGACCAGCAGGGUCAGACUGCCACACAUGGCUCCCCACAACAUGGUAAGAUAAGUACCAGUUCCAGUGCUUCCUUCAGUCCUCCCCCUCAAAGCCCCAAGACCCAGCUCAUGUCGAGCUCAGUUGUUCUCAGGAUGGCUGACUUCAGCAUCUACCAGGUGUCCACAGCGGACCAGCGCCGCUCUAGCCCCAAGGCCAUGAUCUCCUGCAAUAAGAAGUCUCUGUACCUUCCCCCAGAGAUGCCUGCCAUCCAUGUCGAGUUCACAGAGUACUACUUCCCCGACGGAAAAGACUACCCCAUCCCGUGUCCCAACCUGUAUGCCCAGCUGAACGCCCUGCAGCUGGUUCUGGAUCCUCGCAGCCUGGUGUGGAUCAACCUUUUUGCCCUGGACCUCAGGCAGAGUCUGGAGCAGUUCAUGGAAAUCUACAAGCUCAAUGAUUCUCAGAAACCCGAUGAGCAUGUUGACAUCAAGGUCGAUGGCCUCAUGCUCAAGCUCGUGAUCCCCACCGACCACGACCCCUCCUGCCCCCCUGACCUGCCUCGCUCCAUCUCGGUGCAGACCUCGGAGAUGGUGGCCACCAACACCCGGCACCCGGCUAACUGCACCCGCUCUCACCUUGAGGCCCUGCUGCAGGCCUUCCAGGAGGAGCCCUUUUUCUCUUCCUCCUUCUCCUCCUUCCCUCGCUCAUCCUCUUCCAUCCCCCUCCUCCACCAUGUCUUCCAGCGUCACGCCCACGAACAAGACACCAAGUUCCACGACAUCUACCGGGGCCUCGUGACUCCCACAAUGGGGGCUGAUAGCCUGAAAACGCCCGCUGCCACUGACUUAUGGGCGCUGCACUUUGCCCAGUUCUGGGUGGACUACGAGGGCACCCGUGGGGGUAAGGGCCGCCCGCAGCCCUUUGUGGACUCCUUCCCUCUCACCGUGUGGGCGUGUCAGCCGGCAAGACACAACCAGCACCGGGAGAGGCUGAGAGACGCCGUCGAAUCGGGGCUGUCCAGAAGCACCUCAAUUGAGACUGUGGGGCGCCUGCAGAGGAAACGGCUGCUGAAGGAGUAUUACAGCACGGACGGCUCAACGGUGCCUUCUUCUUACAGCAGUGAUUCAAAACUGCCACCCAGCAAUGGUCUGCACAAGCCCCUCUCAUUGGACAAUCUACCCUCCUCAUCCUCAUCAUCGUUGUCUGCAAACACAGAUGCAGAUGUGCAUGUGCUGGUGCACGUGCAGAAGCAUUUGAGCGCACAGGUGAGCCACAGGCAGUAUGUAUUUCUAAUGCGGCUGCAGCGUAGCAUCAAAGCCCUGCAGCAGACCCUGCAGCAGGACCUGGAGGAGAUGGGCUCCAAAAGAGACCGAAAGGAUCCCUCUCAGAGUCCUGCAGAUCACCAGCCCUUCAGCGUCUGUUUGGGUCUGUUGCUGAAGAGUGCAGAGGUGUCCCUUCUCCUUAAGCCUGUGCCUCAGCCUGAGGGUUCAGGAUCGCCCUUAGGGUCAGAGCUAUCCCCCUCAGAGAGCCGAGGAACCCUGGAGCCUGGGAACGACGCCGGAGAGGGGGCAGACAAAGGUGAGGGGGGGAGUGACGGGGCCGGGGGUGGGUCAGAAGGGGGAGCAGCCAAGGGAGCCUGCACCGUGGACCAGCUGUUAUGUGGAGGAGGCCUGGAUGGUGGAGCCACACAGGGUCCUGCCCCCCUUGUCCCCACUUCCACUCCCACCCCCACUUCCGCCUCUCGUCCGGACCCGAACCACAAGACCUCAUUAGAGGAGAGGAGUUUAACUAAGAACUCUGGCAGGUGGAGCUCUGACGAAGGGGGUGAGGUGAUGGUGGACGGUCAGGGUGGGGGAGAGGAACAGGGAACUGGACAAGACUCCAAAACCCAGCCUGGAGACCCCCUGUCUGACCCACUCUGCUUUAAAGAUGGGGGUGACAAGGACAAGACCGCAGCAGCCAAGAUGCCUCAGUCAAUAUCCAGGAAAGGAAGUUUGUCUGUGGUUUCUGAUCUCCUCAGCUCCUCAAACUCCAGCAGAUCCACCUCCCUUUAUUCCAUGUCCAACAUUGGUCGAUUGAUGCGGGACAGGUCACAGUCCAGUUUCUCUGUGUCCUAUAAGAACAUGAAGAAGAGUCCAUCCCUGCAGUCGCUGGACAACAUCUCCAUCGACAGCUACCUAAUGGAGGACGGAGACACGUACAGCCUACUGGAGCGAGACGACGUGUCCAUCUCGGGCUUCAAGGACGCCGUGAGCGAACAGAGCGCCACGGAGAGUGCCGCUGAGGCAGCCAUUGGUCAGGAGCAGGAGGGAGGUGUGUCCCCCGACACCGUCAGCGCCACCUCCCAGAGCAUCGAUGAACCCACCAAAGAUUUAGUGUCAGUGCUGGUGCUGAAGGUGCAGUCGGUGUGUGUGGGGAUGGAAGUGGUGGGCGAGAGCACGGCCGUGGCUCUGGAGGUGGGCCAGGUCAGACCCAGCCAGCUGGGCAACGUCAGCCUCCGACAGUACCUGAGCAACCGCAGCCUGGGUAUGGUGUGUUCAGUACCAAUACCUACUGCUCACAGCAGCCAAGCCGGCAGGGAGAUUAGCUCUGGGACCGGCGACAGCCUACAUCGCCCGGAAGUCCGGGCACGCCUGGAGAGUGGGCCCUGCGCCGCCGCCCACUCCCCGUUGGCUGAGCGGAACGGUUUCCUGCAACUGCGUCUCCAUGGGUACCAGGCCAGCUUCCUGAUGUCCACGCUCCGUAACCUGGCCCACUUCCUGGAAGACAACUCGGCACCGCAGGUCCUGCCCAUGGAGAUCAGUGUCAAAGACAUACACAUCGACAUGAAGGACGACGGUCCUCACGACAAUCCCAGCGACCCAGAGCCCUCCCCCAUCACACUGCAUAUUGACAGUCUCAUCAUACACAGACGGGACGAUGGAUCCUUCUCUAUAGGAGUGGACAACACAGCCGAGUCCAAGCCCAGGAACGACACCCCUUUGAUUGACAGCUGUUUGACUCCAGUCCCAGAGGCUGUGGGCGGGAUCAGUGGCAUUCCAAAAGCGACACAGACCCAAGCCCCGCCCACCAGCCCUUCUCCCUCCACCACAGAAAAGAUGCUGAUGGAGGAGAAUGAGUGUUUGAAAGUGGAGCUGUCCAGAGCCAAGAUGGCGCUGGCGGAGGCCCAAAUGGAGAAGGACUCGCUGCUGCAUCGCAUGAAGAACCUCAAAGUGAACAGCAGCUAGGCCCGGCUCUCAUCUCCUGGCCGGCCAGCAGGCCAGCCGCUGGUUGGCAGUGAUAAGAACCACCGCCGGAGGACAGGAGCGAGUGAGGGACGGCUGGACUCAACACUAAAACAUCCAAGGCAACAUCAACAAGUGAAGAAGGGGGAUUUCUCCACUACCUUUUGCUCAUUUAAAAAAUGAGCCACGAUGUGACUUUAGACUUAAAAAAAAUUCCUUAAAGCAAUGCAGAGUCAGUCCCUAGACUCUACACAUUUUUACACGAUUGUCAUUGUGUGUUUCACGUUCUCCACCACUGUCUCCCAUACUGUACUGUGGAGGCUGCCUCUGCAAUCAAUAAAUUUGGAAAUGGUGGAAAGGGACAGAUGGGAGUUAGUGGCAGAACAUGAGUGUGUGUGUUUGUGUGUGUACGAAAGAGAGAGAGAGAGGAUGCGGAUAUGAUAUCCUCGGUUCAGGAGUUGUGCCUACAGUAUACACAGCUUGGAGUUCAGCUUCGCCCUUCCCACACUGCUCCUGUUGUGUAAGCUGAAAAAUAAUAAUUACCACACUGCUAAUCCUAGAUCAGCUUAAUUCAACUCCUUAGGUAUGAAGGAACACCGAAUGUCAUAUCUUCAGAGGAAUGUCUUAAAAAAAGACUUAUUUUGCACUGCACUGUAACUUGUAAUUUAGUGCUUUCAUAUUGGGAGGGGGGGAAUCAUGCUUUUACUUGUCCUCAGAGUGUGUAUAGUGUAUAUUGUAUAAGAAUGUGAAGACAUACCGUUUUCUACAGAGUUUUGAAUGCAGUGUUUGCGUUGGAUGUGUGUGUGUGUGUGUUUGUGUGUUUCUCAGCCAGAACAAGCAUUUCACUACAGUGAGAGGAUAACUUCAUAUCUAUCAGCAGUCCAUUCCACAGCUUUGUCAGCAAUACCCCCCAAAAAAUGUCUUUCUCCACACUCCCCCUUAUUUUUCUAUGUGUAAAUAGCUACUUACAUGUGCAGCACUUUUAAAAUGAGGCACUGUAUAUACAACACCCUCCAGUCCUGGGAGGGAACACGAGAUGGUUCUCAGUCAAGCGAUGAGAGGAGAGCACAGGCACCAUUUGGGACAUCGCCUGUUGUAUUACCCAACCAGAAUAAAACUGUCUGCUCCCUCGUAAAAAGCAUCGGAGAAUAAUAUGGGCACAUUGAGGCUGCCAGGCUACAUAUGUGUGUGCGUGUGUGUUUAUGUAGAUUUCUAUAUUUGCAUAAUCAUUCAUGUGUAGUUUUUUUUCACGGACAAGCGUUGCCCAUAUCUGCUGCUGUCCCAUGCUUUGUGCCUGUGUGCGGGAGAGAGAGCGCUUGAGGGGAAAUCCUAAAUGUAAAUUGAACAAAAUCCACUUGAGCUCUCAUGGUUUGGCACAUCACAAAGGACAAAACGGACGGCCGGUCCUAAAAAUUUCUUCUUACACCUUGGCUUUAAACAAGCAGUAGAUCCUGUAUGUGGCUAGCCUUCGUAUGCAACUGCCUUUGGUUGUACGUAAUCCCAGUUCAGUUCAAGCUGAGUUUAUUUGUCUUUUGGAGCUGAGCUGGCUCACGUAGACAAGAUGGGACACAGCUACUUCUCUGCACAACAGCGCUAUCAAGACUUGAAAAUGUCGGAGGUAGGACUUUAACACUUGAUUGUAUGUAGAGACUUUGUUUUGAGGGGUGUGUGUUUUGGGGGGGAUUUUCUUUCACCUUUCCUCUCCCUCCAACCUACCCUGCCUCUGUCAUCACAGCCUUUUCUGGGAAGCUCCACCUUCUGAAAACUAGUGGGGUAAAUGACAAAAAAGUACUAAAGUAAUAAGAUGUAUUAUUUGUCUGUCAAAGCUGCUGAAAUAAUGAUGAAAAUAAAAGGGUAUCCGACUGAAAAGGUUUUAUCCUA